GACGGGCCUGGGCGUCCGCGUCGGCGUUUUCGACGCAAAGCCUCAGCGUGCUGAGCGGAGCCGAAGUGGGCUCCACAACGAUAACCCCCGUCCUCCCCCGCCCCCCUCAAAUUUUUUUUUUUUUAGAAACCAAAAUGGAGUGUCUCCUGAUGCCACUUUUCUGAACAGUGAGCCCUUCUCCUAUAUUAAAACCGUCACGUUUUAGUGUUAAGUUCUGACACCGAGUCGUGGCGAAUCGGCCAACGCAAAAGAAGAGGCAGAGAUCGAUGGAGCGAGGGCACAGGAUGCUGGCGCAAGCUUGCGGCGUCGCGGUGGUUGUGGGUCCCGGUGCGGUCGGCGGAGGCCGUCCACUUUUCCCCCCCCGCAGAUGCUUUCCCGCAGAAGCAGCCGAGGUUACGUAAUAAUAACGAGAAAGCUCACCCUUGCUCCCCGCGAGCCACCCAUCCUCCCUACCUGCCCCCCACACGGAGCAGCCUCUGCCCGAGGUCUCCUAAUUUUUUGUCCCCUAGGUGGUCACCUGACCGCCUUCCCGCCUCCGCAGGACUGGGAAUUCCUUGCCUCCUGCGACGUAGGUCGGAAGUUAACGUCGUUUUCGAUAGCUGUCGAGUGGUUUCGGAAGGAUUGAGUGGCCCCGGACAUCCCGCGCAACGCGCCUUGCCUCUGCGCACGGGCUCGGAGGCUUCGCGCGCGUCCCGGGGCCGGACCCACCUGUAACCCACCGCCAUGGCCAAGGAAGGCACCACCGCAGCGGCGGCGGCGGCGGCUGCAAGUGCAAUGGACGUCAGUACGGCUUUGAGAGAGGUGCUGAAGACCGCCCUGGUCCACGAUGGCCUCGCGCGAGGCAUUCACGAAGCUGUCAAAGCCUUAGGCAAGGGCCAAGCCCGUCUGUGCGUGCUCGCCACCAAUUGUGAUAAACCGAUGUACAUCAAGUUGGUGGAGUCCCUCUGUGCGGAGCACCGGAUCCACCUCCUGAAGGUUGAUGACAGCCGGAAACUAGGGGAAUGGGCAGGCCUCUGCAAAAUCGAUCGGAAGGGGAGACCCCGUAAAGUGAUAGGUUGCAGCUGUGUGGUGGUGAAGAACUAUGGGAAAGACUCUCAGGCCAAAGAUCUCAUUGAAGAGUACUUCAAAUGCAAGAAAUGAACGGCAACCACAAAAUUGGCGCAUUUUUCUUUUAAGUUCCUAAAAACGUAGAAAAGUAGUAGUAUCUCAAAGUCUUGAGUUUUCGCCGGAAAUGGCAGCACUUUUUAGGUUUUCUUCCAAAUGUAAAUUUCGUGUAUUAUGUUCUUAUUAAUCAUGGAAAUUUUCAUCUAUUUGGAAGUUUAUGAACUGCAUGAGAUUUGGUCUAGCAUUACUAAGGUUUAAUUGACAAAAUCAUAUGUAUGCUGCACAAUGUGAUGUUUUGAUAUGUAUAUACUAUAUAUAUAUAUAUAUACUAUACAUAUAUAUGCGUACACGUAUCUGUUUGACAUACUGAUUUAAUAUUCUUUGGAUAAAUACCCCAAAGUGAAUACUACAGUAUUUAUUUUAUUUUUUGAGAACCUCCACACUGUUUUCCACAAUGGCUAUAAUACUUUACAUUCCUACCAAGAGUGUCUAUUUUGCUUUUUACUUAAAUUUACUAUAUAGAUGUUGAAUUAAAUCUUCCAACACCCUCAUCAUCACCCAAAGUCCUAGAUUCCCAGAAACAUUCCUUGCGGAGGAAAAAUUGUCCCAGAAAGUGAAUUUCUACCUAGACACCUGUGAGGGAGGUCUGGAGAGUGAUCUACGGUAGCCACAAAUGAGUUUGUUAAGUAUACAAUAAGCAAAUGUAAGACAUUAAAUAGCCUGGAGGCGAUAGAAGCAACAGAUAAUAAAACAUCAGUUCAAGAUGCUCACGACAUCCAGCAGAGGCAACUGGGGCCGCCCAAUUGAGAGAGCAAACAAAAGGUAGGUAGCAUCCAAUGAGGAACUUAAACAUCCAGCAGAAGUCAGCGAGAAUCCUCACUGAAGCAACCACCUGGAGUUCCUGAGUGUCCCCUUAGGUGGGGCUUCCGUGUAAAAGAACAAAUGACAGCAGAUACAGACACCAUCGAGUCAGGCUCUUGCAGUCAUCCAGCAGAAACCAACUGGGCCAGCCCCGAAAGCAAAGCCAGAUGUCACCAUUGAGAAUUCCAAGAGCACGGCAUCCGUUCCACUGGUGAGCUUCCCAUGGCUGCAUGGCUGGUGGCGUCCAUCUGGUGAGCUUCCCAUGGCUGCAUGGCUGGUGGCAUCCAUCCACUGGUGAGCUUCCCAUGGCUGCAUGGCUGGUGGCAUCCAUCCACUGGUGAGCUUCCCAUGGCUGCAUGGCUGGUGGCAUCCAUCCACUGAUGAGCUUCCCAUGGCUGCAUGGCUGGCUUUCCACUUUCGUUCUAGGCGUUUUUUUAUAACAUGGAGUAAACACUAGUAACUUCUGUUAAAAAUGCCUCCCUUUCUAGCUGUUCUCAAGGACACAGCAAUUUUUGUUUUGUUUUUAUGUUUGUUUGUUUGUUCCUUUCUGCUUCUCUCUUGGGGUUGCAGAGCCACGGACCAGGCUCACCCAACACAAGGGAGAGGGGGGAGUUUUAGGAUGGUUGACCCUGAAGGAGUUCAGCCAGCCCUGCCUCCAGCUUCAGCUUAAAGAGCACAUGACACUUUACCAGUCAAUGCCAUUUCAACACCUGAGCCUUUUGAAGGUUAUUUGUAAAGACUGCCUUGUCUUUGCAUGCUUCACACAUGAAGCAGGCUUAUGAUUCCACUGACCUCCCCCAUUCUUCCCCACCUGCUCUCCAACAUGAGUUGCUACACUUGGCAGGUCUUGGUUAUUGCUACUUCAAACCUGUGCUCUUAUAGAUUUAUCUUUGAGUACAAUUGCAGAAAAUACCUGAGGGUAUGGAUUUUCUUUAAAAGAGGCCAAAAGGAAAACUAUGCCACAUUUGUAAGUCAACUAAUAGACAUCACUAUAAAGGAUGGGCAGCACACAUCUUUGAUCCCAGCACUUGGGAGACAGAGGCAGAUGGGUCUCUGUGUUCAAAGCCAGCCUGGUCUACAGAGUGAGUUCCAAUACAGCCAGGGCUACAUAGAGAGACCUUGUCUCAAAAAAAAAAGAAAGAAAGAAAAGGUGUAGCUGAAAAUUUUCCUGUUCUUUGUUUGUUAUAUAUAAUUUUACUGUGUUAAAGUUAAAACUUUCCUUUUUAAUUAAACAGAAAAGAGGAAAUGCUGUGGGAUAAUGCUUUUGUACACUGGUUUAAUAAAACACUGAUUGGCCAGUAGCCAGGCAGGAAGUAUAGGUGGGAUAAGCAGACAAGGAGAAUUCUGGGAAGAGAAAGGCUGAGUCAGGAGAUGCCAGCCUGCCAUCCAGGGAGCAGCAUGUAAUGGCACACAGGUAAAGCCACAGAACACAUGGCAACAUACAGAUUAACAGAAACGGGCUGAGUUUAAGUGUAAGAGCUAGUCAGUGGUAGGCCUAAGCUAAUGGCUGAGCAGUUAUAAUUAAUAUAAGCCUAUGUAUGUUUAUUUGGGUCCGAGCGGCUGCGGGACUGGCAGGUGAGAGAUUUGUCCUGACCUUGGACCAGGUGGGACACAGGAAAACUUUCAGCUACAGAAAGACAUCACUAUAAAACUACUAUGAAAAUAAGACCCUGUAGGCAAAUUUUGGAACCUCUGUUUUUCAAAACUUCCACAAUAAAGAGUAGUCUUUGAGGCUAAAGAAACAACUCAGCAGUUAGAAUCUGUUACUGCUCUUGCAGAGGACCCAGGUUUGAUUCUCAGCACCCACAUGGUAGCUCCCAACUGUCUGUAACUCCAGUUCCAGGGAAUUGGAUUUCUCUUCUGACCUCCGUGGGCUCCUACACUCACCAACUGUACAUAAAUACAUUCAAUGUACAUACAUACAUAUAUUUGGUAUUUUUCAAGACAGGGUUUCUCUGUGUAGUUUUGGUGCCUGUCCUAGAUCUCGCUCUGUAGACCAGGCUGGCCUCAAACUCACAGAGAUCCACCUGGCUCUGCCUCCCAAGUUCUGGGAAUAAAGGCGUGUGCCAUCACCGCCCAGCAAAUUAAGUAUAUUUUAAAGAGUGACCUUAGAGGAAGUAGAACUAUAAAAUCAUGCUCACAAUAUACUUAUAUUGGAAAACUUGGGAUUUUUGUUCUUGAGACAACCACACAGAAAUAACUUGUUUAACAUGUUCACUCAAAUGUCAUAUUUAAAAUCACAACAUGCCCCACUUCCCAUUGCUCUAAUUUUUAGUACAAAUUCUUACCCACGUUGGGCACCAAAUGUAGACAAAUUUCUAAACAGUCAUAUUAAAUAAGAAAUACAGAGCCAAAUGCAGCUGAUAGCUGAAGAGAUCAGAGCAAAUAACCACAACUAGCCUUAGCUUACCACCAUGAAGUAGCUUCCAUAGAGAGAGCUUCUUCCUGUCUAAACUGUGCUUUUAUUGCCUUCCUGUUCUGCCUUCUCAUUAGCUCUAAACCCAGCCACAUCACUUCCUCAUCACUGCCUGUCUAUACAGACCUCCAGGUCUCUAUGACUGGUACUGGGAUUUAAAAUGCAUGUCACCAUGCUUGGUUGUGUCCUUGAACACACAGAGACUCUGCCUGCCAUGUGAUCAGAUUAAGGGCAUGUGCUACCACUGCCUGACUUCUAUUUAUGGCUAUGACCUCUGAUCUCCAGGCAAACUUUAUUUAUUAACAUACCAAUAUCACAUUUCAGCACAAAUAAAAUAUCACAUUUCCCCUUUUUAUUCUAAUAAAAAGAAAAAGGUUAUAACUAAUAUAAGAAAAAUUAUAUACAAUAAGUACAAUAGCUAUAUACAAUAUAUACAAGCAAUAAAUACCUCAACAAUGUCUAGUCCAUUUGCAUUUGACAAACUCAGAGAAAAUAUUCCAUUAUCUAUCCUAUUUGGUAAGUAAUGUAUCUGAAUCAUUUUCUAUCCUAACUUAUAUUACUAACAGAGAACUAUCUUAUAAUGUCUUUCAAAUUUAUACACUUACAUCUCUUUAGUGAGUUUCUUUUCUGAAAUUCUUAACAAGGAAAGCUAUAACUAUCUAAUCUUCAACUAACUAUAACUAUCAAUCUUCAACUCCCUCAGAGACCCAAGGAGGAAAUAAUAUUACCUAAUAAAACAGGAAGUGUAAGCAAGCAGCUUCCAAAAUAAAUGUGAGUUGACAGAAACAGCCAGCCGCCUGGACAGUCACCAGAGGUUUCUUAGAAACGUUGGGGCAUCAUCUUCAGCCUAUAGGCUUAGCAUAUCUGACAGACUCAUUUGUUGAUGUAGGAUGUACUCAAGGCCUACAGUUCGACCUCACAUUUAGUGCAAGUAGUCCAUGUACCAGAAACACCUGAAUUCCACUAGUGUCCUGUCGUGAUUCAGGAUUUUAAAUUCUGGAAAUUGUUGAUGUUUUUGGAAUUCAGCUGUCCAUUCUUCUUAGCUUGUGGGUGGUUUCAUCUCUUUUAUUAAAUGCCAGUCUACCAUUGAGAGGUUAGACUCUGUCAGCUUAGUUACUCUUUCAAGAAUAAUUGCUUCAGCUGCUGUUCCACUGCACAUCAGAAGCCAUCGGCCCACUGCCUGUUCAUCUGCCUUCGAAGAAAAGGGCACUGUACCUUUUCCGGAUUGCGAAGCCCACUUCGGCGAUGGUGCCAUACUGUCCUGGCCUCAGAGGAUGCCUAUUGCUGAAGACACAACCACACUUGUCUUGACAAGAAUCGGUAGUCCUUUGUUUCAUGUCCUGUCUGUCCAUUUUGUCCUGUUUGUCAGCAGUUGAUUCGAGGACACUUUGUUGUCCAGUGGCUAACUUUUGCCACAAUGAAAGUUAACUUCAUAUGCAGUUUCUUCAAUGCCCAUGUAUCUCUGAAGUAGAUUGUUGCUGCCAGGAGCCAACAUGUCUCAUAGUCAUAACAAAAAAGAAAAAAAAAAAUUCUAGUUAUUAAAACAUUUUAAAUGCCAUAUUCUGUAGAUCUCUGAAAGGUUUGAAGAUGACCUGUGUAUCUAAAAUAUAUCUGCUCGACCUUGAAAACACACCUAAUAUGACUACAAGUUCAAUUGCAAUGUCUAACUACUAACUUUCAUUUAUUUAUAUCCUAAUAGUUGGUAAUAAUAAUAUUCAAGGAUUAGCAAAUUGCAUUACAUUGUUAAAUGAACCGUAGAAGUACAAAAUCCUGAACAAGAUUAGAAAUAUACUUACAGCAUUUUCUAACAGGAACCUAAUUUGCUCACUAUGUACUUGUCUUGUGCUUAUUAUCUUAUAUUCAUUCACUAAAUGUAAAAUAGGUGAAUUUUUAUUGUUAUUGCAGAAGAGCACUGAGGUAUUUGUUUUUGUUGUUUGUUAUUGUUUGGGUUUUUUGUUUGUGUGUUUGUGUUUAGUUGGUUGGUUGAGACAGGAUCUCCCUCUAGCCCUGGGUAGCCUGGAACUCACUAUGUAGAUCAGGUUGGUCUCCUGUGUGGGUCACCAUGCCCAGCUAUAUGCUAAAUUAUAAAAUGAGAUUUGGGGACAAAUGCAAUGAUCAUUAGUCUAAUUAUUCAAUGUUAUAUUAUUGAAUUUGUUACCUACAGUAGUCAUAAAUGAACUAUUAAUGUGAUACUAAGUCAAAUUACCAAAGAACCGUCCCAGUCAAGGGCGGCCACUAGGUGGAGGUAGUGCUCUAAACCCAUUGCUAUUAGACUCCUGUCAAUUGGUCAGGAAGCAAUGGACAACUUGCUAUUUUAUCCGUUUACUGGGACAGAAUCUUACUGUGUGAUCCAAGCUGACACUAAACUUAUGAUCCUCCCGCUUCAACUCUCUAAAUGCUAGGAUAGCAUAGUGCAUAUUACAUAGCCUAGCUUCGGAGGAAACUAUUUUUCUUCUUUUUUUUUCCAGAGUCCCACUCUGUAGCCCAGGCUGGCUUCAAACUCAUGAUGAUCCUGCUCCCUCAGCCCCGGCUCCCCAAUGCAGCGAUUAUAAGCAUGAGCCACCACACCCAGCCGAUUAAAUCUUUUUCAGCUGAUAUAAUCCAAUAAUAACUUACUGAAUUUUAAAAUUAGAUGUGUUUUCACAGUGGGUACAGCAUUUUAAGUUUCUGUGGUUCCUCAGAGAGAAAACGAUUGAGUUUCUGUUGUUUCUCUGAGGAUCUUGAGGUCCUAAGAGGCUGAUGGUGGCUGCCAGAGGCCGAGGUCUCCUGGGCCAGUGGCAGGAAGCAGGAGUAGAUCUGCGCAUGCAUGUAGGCUUGUGUUCCUCCCAGAAACCAGAAGGUCUUCAGUGAAGACCAGUGAUGAUGGGGCUUCAGCAGCAGUACAGCUCCCCAGAAGGAAGCGGACGCCACCAUCCAGCAACUGUACACAAGGGAGGCAGGAACCCUGGAGGCUGAAGGUAACAGGAUGUGGGGAGUCAACAGCACCUCUCAGAGAGGACAUUGGGGAUCACUGUAUUUACAGCAGUACCCCCCACCCCCGGGGCCUCUGUAGGGCCUCUCCAAAGGGUAAGAUGGGGUUUGUUCCUUGAUUUCUCGCUGGCCUCCCAAAUGGUCCCCUACAGAUCCCACCAGCUCAUCGGCACAGGGAGCCAUCCUUUCCAGCUCUUCUUCACACCACUCUGACAGAGAUGCUGGGAAACAGCACCUAGCCACUUUGUAACCUUUCUUCGCUGGGAGGCCGUCGACUUCUUGUUCCUGCAGAAAGACUCAGAUUGCGAAACCACACUGGUCUAAGUGAAGGGCCUGGAGGCCUUCCUGGUUUCCUUUCUCUUAGUAUCUGGGAAAGUUUCAGACUUCCAGCUUGAUGUGCAUCCUCAUUCUGAGCUGCAAAGAACCAGUGUCGACUCUGUCCUAAGGAUGUGGCAGGGUCUGGGGUAUGGAGGGGAGAAUUUCCCCUGCCCCCCUGGGCUUCUGCCUGUUUUUGCACCAAUAUCAUUGUUGAAAGCUUUGUAACUUUUCAAAGACUUGAAGUUCAGCCCACAUCUCAAUUCAGCCCAGGAUAGCCUUGAACACGCAGCAAUGUUCCUGCUCCAGUUUCCUGGGUGCUCGGAUUACAGGCUUGCACCACCACACAGUUUCUUUCUGAGGUCUUAAUCAAAGGUCCUACAGGCACACCAUUGGCUUUUCCAUUUUGCCAGAUGGAGAAACUUGGACUGAAGUCUCGCUUUCUAAUCUUUUCAGUCCUUGGCCAGCUCUCUGCUCACAGACCCAACCAUUCUCCUCUCUUACAACUUCUUAUAGUUCCCAGAAGCAAAGUGAUUCUUUCAAUACCCCGCCUGGAAAUAGCCCAGCUUGCUCUGCAAAUCCAUUAGCCAUGUGACACAAAGUUCGUAUUGCUACAGGAAGGUUUUGGCCCUUUUCACAGCUAUCAGCCACAGUUCACUUUCUCUAGCCGCCAGCAACAAUGACAUUUGUUCCCAGCCUGGUGACCCUUCACUAAUAGCCAAAAUAGCCUGUUUUUCCAGCUCCCACCCACUGUGUUCAAAAGCCAAGGCCACAUUUUAAAUUUUCAUGUACCCAUGUCUGCUACUGAUUUCUGUGCCAGCUAGUAUUGUUGUAUAACAGUUACUUUAGAAAUUAGUAUUUCCGUCUAGGCACCAUGGUGUGUGUGUCCCAGCACUUGACAGAAGCAGGAGUGUCACUGUAAACUUCAGGCCAACCCUGUUUACAUUGUCGUUUCUAGGCCAACCAAGGCCACACGGUGAGACCCUCUCUACAAAACAAAAACCAAGGCUGGGAACACAGAUUAGUGGUAAAGUACUUGACGAGUAUGCCUGAGGCCUCAGGUCCCACCCCAGCACUACACAUUCAUGCACAAAUUCAAGAGAUUAGAGCAACAAUAAAGUGUUACUUAUUCAAAUCA